AUGGCGAGCGACGGCGAGCUCGAGUUCGGCGUGACGUCGUCCAUAGGCACGUCCAUCGUCGUCUACGUCCCCGCGACGUGCGACGUCGCGACGCUCACGAAAGCGGUCGCGGCGGAGCAUCAGUCGUGCUACCCGAAGCUGGGCAAGGUGGUCGUCAAAUCGAUCCACGGCAAGCACGUCACCGCGAGCGACGAGACCUGGGUCCCGGUCAGCGACGCGACGCUGCGACGCCGCGCGUUCUCGAGGCUCCUCGCGGAGGUCACCGCGGGGAAGAAAGCGGACGGGUUAGGGUUCACCGCGAACGCGAUCGACGCGUCGCCCGUCGCGCUCGCGUCUCUGAAUGCGGCGAGCGUGAUGCUAGGAAGCGGCGCCCGCGGCGCGUCGGCGUCCCCGUUCGCGGCGCACACUCCCGCGACCGGCGGAGUCGGCGGGGUUGGGGGCGUCGCGCAGAGACUAUCGCUCAGCGCCGCCGCCGCGAGCGCGGGAGGGGGGGACGGGAGGGACGGGAGGGACGGGAACGACGCGGGCGCCGGCGUGAACCAGUCGCGGUUGGGGAAGCGGUCCGCGGCGCGGCAGGCUGAGGACGACGCCGCCGCGAUGCCGCCGCCGCCGGCGAAGAAGGCGACGAAGGCGAAAGCCGCCGCCGCUGCCGCACCGACCGCCGCGAAGGAGAAGGACGCCGCGUCCGCCGCGGCGACGUUCAGCGCGAAGCUCGCGGAGGGCGUGAAGGAUCUGUUCCUUCACGGCGGCGAAGCCCUCGGGAGCCCGCCGAUUCGCAACGUCACGUUCGCGAAGAACUUGAAGAUCACCAACUCGUUCAUAAGCGCCGUGGAGAAGCUCGACACGCAGUCGCUGAGCACGCUCAUGCGGAGCGUCAAACCGGUCGUGGACGGCGUGAAGGAAGCGCAGAAGAAGACGGAGGAGAGCGUCGGGAAGAUCGAUCUCUUCGGGGAGAUCCUGAAGAAGAUUAACAAGCUCAACGCGCUCGCGCCCGCGGACGACGCGGAGUCCAGAGCCCCGAAGCCGGUGAUCGACCUCCUCGCGAUCGGCGUGUUGUUCGCGCGCGUGUACAAGGGCGAGUACAAGCAGCGGAGGGGGCUGCCCACGAGGGUGACGCACGCGUUGCUCGCCGCGACGCGAGAGUCCCCGAAGAAGUUCGGGGUCGUCGGGAGAGAGGUCGUGAACGCGUGCUUGCGGCAGCUCGGGUACGACGGCGGCGGCGCGGGCGGCGCGGCGGCGGGGGCGGGGGCGACGGAGACGGACAGCGAGAGCGAUUCCGGCUCGGACUCGGACGGCGACGGCGACGGCGCGGGGAAGGAGAACUCCGGGAAAUCUCGCGGGUCCUCGUCCUCGUCGUCGUCCUCUUCUUCGUCCUCGUCGUCGUCGUCGUCGUCAUCAUCGGGCUCGGGCUCGAGCUCGGGCGGUUCGUCCUCGGGCGGUUCGUCCUCGAGCUCGUCCGAAGAGACGACGGACGCGCAGAGGAAGAAAGCCGCGGCGGAGGCGGCGAGAGCGGCGGCGAAGAAGAAGAAGGAGGACGACGCCGCGGCGAUGUCCCCGCACGCGCACCUCGCGACGAAAGCGGGCGGGUUGAAGGCGAUCUCGAAGAUGAUCAACAAGAACCCGCCGCCGUCGAAGAAGACGACGAAAGCUGUGGAGGAGCCGAAGGUGUCGUCGGAAGCGACGGACGCGGCUGCUCCCGCGGCGGCGGCGGCGGCGAAGCCGAAAGAAAAAGGCAAGAAGAAACCGCCGAAAGACCCGAACCAUCCGAAGCGCCCGGCGAACGCGUACAUGCUCUUCGCGAACGACAUGCGCGCCGCGGUCGCGGAGGAACACCCGGAGAUGUCGAUGGUGGAACGAGGGAAAGUCCUCGGCGCGAAGUGGAGGGCGAUCGGCGAGAAGGACAAGGCGAGGUACGAGACGAAAGCCGCCGCGGAGAAAGAGCGGUACGCGGAGGAGAUGAAACACUACGUUCCCCCCGUCGUGGAGAGCGACGACGACGACGACGACGACACGACGACGACGACGGCGGAGAAGGACGCGGACGCGGACGCCCCGGCGGCGAAGGGUGGGAAGAAGAAGAAGAAGAAGGACCCGAACGCCCCGAAGCGGCCGCCGAACGCGUACAUCCUGUUCAGCAACGAUGCGCGCGCGAAACUACAGAAACAGCACCCGGAGAUGAGUCCCAAGGAGAUCAUGUCCACGCUCGCGGCGCAGUGGCAGAACGCGAGCGAGAAGGAGAAGGCAAAGUACGAAGCGAAGACGAAAGAAGCGAAGGAGGCGUACGACGUCGCCUCGGCGGAGUACGAAAAGAACAAGCCCGCGGCGGCGUCCGACGACGACGACGACGACGACGACGACGACGACGCGGCCGCGGGGAAGAAGGGUGGCAAGAAAAGGAAGCAGAAGAAGGACCCGAACGCGCCGAAACGCCCCCUGAGCGCGUACAUCCUGUUCAGCGGCGACGCGAGGGCGAAGGUUGUGAAGGAAAACCCGGAGAUGAAAGCGACGGAAAUCAUCGCUGCCAUCGGCGCGAAGUGGAAGGCGAUCGGCGCCAAGGACAAGGCGAAGUACGAGGCGAAAGCGACCGCCGCGAAGGAAAAGUACGAUGAAGAGAAGAAGUCGUACGAGGCGUCCAAGGCUGCGGGGACGGAGUCGGAGUCGGAGGAGCCGGCGGAGAAGCCGGCGAAGAAGGGUAAGAAGGCGCCGGAGACCGAGAGCGAGUCCACCGCGAAGCCGUCGAAGACGAAAACGAAAAAGGCGAAGAAGUGAAGCGACGCGCGCAGAGCACACGCGCUGUGAAUGAUUAACCGUAAAUGAACUAAAAACAACGCCGCGUUUAUCUACGAUAAUAAAUACAUAGUUCGCUCCGCGUC